AGAUUGAGCAUUGCUUCCAAGCAGUUUCCAAGGUGGGGAAAAGGCGCCACCCAUGAGGCACCACACAUCGCCCUCUUCUCAUUUAGUCCUAGGUCGUCUUAAGGAAGCUUUCUGAGACGGUUAGGAGAGAGGAGACCAGUUCUCUUCAAAUAUCAGUUCCUUGAAUCAUUGCUCUGGGGCUCCAAGAGGGUGUGCUCAGGAGGUUUAUGGCUACAGAACAAUCCAUCAGGUCUUAUGUGAAGCGGUUGCUAUCAUCGGGGUCCUUGUACGACGGAAAGCACAGCCCGAAGCGUAGGCACGAGAGCAGAUGCACGUGCGACGAGCUUGCUCAAAGCUACCCCGCCCGGCAUUGCCCCGAGCAUCUUUCGAGGGGCCACUUCCGUGGUCUUGGUGGGCCAGAGUACUCGCGUCUUAGUGCUGACGCUCUGAGGGAGCUUGAAACAGAUGUUGAGAGGGGCAUUGGUCGCAAUAGCUCUCCGGAAGAUGUUAGGGUUUCUUCUAACAGCGCCACUGCACCGCCACUCAUAGAGCUAAAGUCUCCGCAGGAGGUGACUCAACCGAAGAACUCUGACGCCACGGAAAUGGACAUCGCCCGAAGGGCUUCCCCUGGGUUCUCCACAGGCAUCAUUCCUCUCACAAACAGCAGCGCAGUCAGCGCUUCUUACUCGGUAGUCCUGCCGAAAGUGAGAACCAGUGUGACCCCGCCAAAAAGUCCGACACAUCAUUACUCGCACUUCCGCCGGAGGAAGGGCCUCGUAAACGGAGGCAACGGGAGCGUGCGUGCGAGUGGGAGGGUUGCCGAAGUGGAGCGGGACUCCUUAGCAUUUGACAAGGAGACUUUGGAACGGCUGGCGGCAGGCAGGGAGGCUGGGCCGUCGGGGCGGGAGGAAGCGCUCGAAGCUGGCACUGAUUUCAUCAGCGUGACCACUUUCAACAUUCUGGCCCCCAUCUAUAAGAGGGUGUCGGGGGACGGGGAGAGGGAGAGCGCGGACCAAGCAAGGUGGAAGAAGAGGAACCAGGAGAUUGUGGAGUUGUUGCUGACCAAGAGGUCGUCCAUCAUAUGCCUGCAGGAGUUUUGGCACAAGAACGAGGAGCUGUGCGAGCUGUACCGUGCAAAACUAGGCGCGGCCGGGUACACAAUGUUCCAGAUGGGGCGCACCAAUGACAAGGGCGACGGUCUUUUUACGGCCGUCCAAAGCGACCACUUGCGGGUGCUUGACAUGCGCGAGAUUGUAUUCCACGACUGUGGGGACCGCGUGGCGCAGCUCUUCCAUCUGCAGGCGACGGAGCUGCUGAGCAAGUGCAGCAUCGACGACCACGAGGCACGGCCGUUCGACUGGUGCGGGACGGAGCAUGCGGCGGAGCUAAUCCUUGUGAACACUCACCUCAUGUUCCCGCACAACGGCAACGCGUGCGUCAUAAGGUUACGUCAGGUGUACAAACUUGUAGAUUACUUAGGGCGCUACCAGCGGGAACGUAACCUGCCCCCUAUGCCGAUCAUCUUGUGCGGCGACUGGAACGGCAGCAAGCACGGGCAGGUGUACAAGUUCCUGCGCUCGCGCGGGUGCAUCUCCACAUACGACGCCGUGCACGAGUACGACGACAACGACUCUAGCAGAUGGGUGAGCCACCAGAACCACCGGGGCAAUCUGGCGGGUGUGGACUUCAUUUACCUGCUCAAUCCGAGCAACCAGUGCGAGAAACUAGAGGCGGACUGGAAGUACGGCGCGUUUGCCAUGAUCCGGUCGAAGCUGCGCGAAGCGGGCCUGCACGACCGCGACGCGUUCCAGUUCUUCCUCAAGGACGGCACGCACGACGACCACAUCACGAUGAACGAGUUCUACUGCGCGCUCGACGACUUGGGGCUCACCGGCAACGAGGACAACUACGGGCUGACGCCCGAGGAGAUCCGCGAGAUCGCGCACGGGCUGGAUAAGGACGGGGAUGGCGUCAUCUCAUUCGAAGAAGCCGCGGCACGUGUCAGCGAGAUUGAGGCAGUCAUGGAGGCCUCCAUGACCAUUGAUGGAGACACGUCAUACAUGAUGGAAGUCAACUCGCCGCGGGGCCCGCCAGAGGAGACGACAUUGCCUCCGGAAGGGCUUGAAUUUAUCGUCCGGGACGCCUCGUUUGACCGGUCCGAUUUUGAGGAGGCGCGGUGGCCGAGCGACUAUACGCUCAGUGACCAUGCGCCACUGACGGCCAUUUUUGAACCGGUAAUAAGGAUCUCUGAAGGAGACGCUGUAAGCUGAAGAUAGAUAAGCGGCGGUCUAUGAAGAUAUGGCAAUUGCCUUGAGAGAGCGGAUAUAGAUUCGUAUGAGCAAUAGGUAAUGUUUUCAACGAUAAGGAGUUGGAAAGAUUCAUAAAGGCGCUUUGCGUCCAUAAUGCUGGACAGUGCAAGCCAGUGCAAGCCGAGCAUAGACCACGGAGUCCUGAAUUGGUUGAAACGUUGAAUUGACGUGCCCUUGGAAUCCAUUGGCCAUACGGAGGACAUUGUUUAUGGCAUGACAUGAGUAUAAUGGUCCGGGCUUUCUGUUACUGCUGGCAGAGCUACAC